UACACAGUGCGCGGCCACGAAGAGUCGGAAGGAGAGGAGGCGAGCGGCAGUGUGAGACGAGACCUCAAGGAGAUUAGUCAUACGCACAUAUGAACUCAGCAGAACAAUGCAUAUCUCCCUCAAGUGCUUCACAAAACAAUUCAUACAUCUCACUUUGUUUACCCGGCAAUCGUGAGUGAUCAAUAAAACAAAAGUGACUCGAAGAAAAGUGUGAAACUAAACAAGUGUGAUUAAAAAAAAAGGUGUUUAUUCCCUUAAUUAUGGUAGAAAAUGUCACAUAACUGAAUUAUUUAUGUUAUUAACUUGGUGAGGUUUUUGGUGGCGACGUAAACAUGGAUUUUAUAGUUUAUGUGAUCUUCCUGCUGGGGCUGAGUGUAGCUCAUGAAGAAGGGCCGCCAGUCAUCAAGGAACACCCCAGUAACAUGGUGGCUCGCCGUAACGACCCCGCCACCCUCAACUGUGCCGCCUCAGGGGCCGCCCGCGUCAGGUGGUUCCGUGACGGCCAGGAGGUGGUCACGUCGACACAAGAUCCUCGCUCCCACCGUGUUCUCCUGCCCUCUGGUUCCCUCUUCUUCCUCCGUGUCACCUCCUCCAGGAGGGACAGUGACACGGGCACGUACUGGUGCGUGGCCUCCAACAGCUACGGUGCUACACGCUCCAACAACGCCACACUGACCGUGGCCACGCUGGCCUACGACUUCCAGAGCCAGGCGGAGUCGACGAUGAGGGCCCGCGUCGGUGACUCCCUCACCCUGCCUUGCCGGCCACCCAAGGCCACCCCGGCCCCGGAGCUGAGCUGGCUGAGGGACGGCCGCCAGGUGACCAACUCCUCCCGUGUCAGCGUCACUGAGGAGGGAGACCUGGUCAUCAGUCAGGCCGUCCAGGAAGACUCUGCCACCUACGUGUGUCGCGCCCGCAACGCCGCCGGCACCAGGGAGUCCCAGCCCACCCAACUCACCGUCAUGACUCCGCCAUGGUUUGAGGAACGGCCAACCAACGUCACUGCCCCGUCAGGCGUGGUGGUAGAACUGACGUGUCGUGCUCGAGGCUCACCCACGCCCACAGUGACCUGGCGGCGGCUAGACGGCAAAAUGCCACUGGGACGUGCCAGGAUCGAGGAUCAACAGCAACGCCUGGUGCUGGAGCAGGUGACAGCUGCAGACUCUGGAUUGUACGUGUGCGAGGUGGAGAGUGAGGCAGGUAUGGCCGUGGCACGAGCUACACUCACCAUCAUCGACGCCCCUCAGUUAACACAGCGACCACAACACCUUCAAGUGAUGGCUGGUAAGGGAGCACAAGUCUCUUGCCGCAUGGAGGGUAAACCUGAGCCACUGGUGCUGUGGCGCCUCCCUACACUAGACAGGACUGCACUUCUUGCUCCUGGGAAAAGUAGCGGCCAUAUUUCUGUGUCUGAUAAUGGCAACACACUGCGACUAGAGGAGGCAACAACAGAAGACAGUGGCACCUACUAUUGCUGGGGAGUGAGCAGUGGUGGCGGUGUGAGUGGUAAAGCAGAGGUAGCAGUGAUGUCAGCCCUUCCGCCACCCGUAGUGGGUAUAGGACCCCAAGACCUGAUGGUUGCCCCUGGCAGUGUUGCCUCCUUCCCCUGUGAGGUAGUGAGCGAGGCUGCCGAGGCCACCAUUUCCUGGUGGUACCGACCGGCCGUCCACCUGCCAGCUCGCCAAGUGUCCCAACACUCGACAGACUCCAGGAUCUCUCUCCCUGACAACGGCGCCCUCAUCCUCAAGGAUGUGCGCCUGGAUGACGCGGGCAUCUACACGUGCCAGGCCACGGCGGACACGGGCACCGUGGAACAGGCAGCGGUACUGAGGGUAGAUCAUAAUGCUGAGGUGUUGGAGCCGCUGCUGCUGCCGGCGCCUCCCACCAAGCCGCGUCUUCUGGCCGUCAACCAGACGGCGGUGCAGCUGAGCUGGCUGCCCAACUCGCAAGUAAGUGAAGAGUCUGGUCAGUGGUACACCGUGGAGUACUGGCGGCAGGGCUGGGACGAGUGGCGAGUUGCUGACGCCGCCAUCAGGAAGGAGUCGUCCGUGGUGAGUCAUCUCACUCCCGGACACACUUACACCUUCCUGGUCCGCGCCGUCACCAACAGAGGGGCGUCGUUCCCGAGCCCUUGGUCUGACCCCAUCACCACCCGUUCCCCCCGAGACCCCAGCCUCACUGUGAACCAAGUCCGCCAGGCCCGUCGCCGCCUCUCUCGUCCCCUCGUCACCCUCACUGACGCCGCCAUCACGGCUCCCGACAGUGUACUGCUCACUUGGGACUUCCUGGCCUCGACGGACGAGGCGGUGGAGGGCGUGUUGGUGUACUCGGUGGGCGAGGACGGCGCUGUACAAGUGACCACCGUCCUGGGCGCCUCGUCCUCCUCCCACCUCCUCCAUGACCUGCGACCCAACACUCCCUAUACCUUCUUCAUCGUCCCCUUCUGGCACAGCGUCGAGGGCACACCCUCCAACUCCUACUCUCUCACCACACCUGAAGAUGUGCCGGCGGCUGCGCCAGGUGAUGUGCGCGUGACGGUGCGUGAGGAAGGUUCUGUACUCAUCAGGUGGUCGAGUGUGAGUCCCGAGGAGGCCCGCGGGGAGCUACUGGGCUACCAGGUAACAAUAAGUCACAACGGCAGUCACACCACAGAGACGGUGGUGAGCCCCUGGCUGGAGGCUCGCGGCCUCCUUCCCAGCCGCCUCUAUACCGUGCGUGUGGCGGCCCUCACAGGGGCGGGUCCUGGACCCUUCAGCGACCCCGUCUUGUUGGAUGCUGGACUCAGUGAUGUCAACAGCCUUCAGGAGGCCAACGCAGCUGGCAACGGUGGAGGUUCUGUGUUGUACGCCCCGCCACAACCAGCGUGGCUGGUGUACCUAUUGAUUCCUUUGGUGUUGUUGGUCUUCCUGGCCACCGUGUUGUAUGUGAGGCGGCUGAGGCAUAAGGCGCCGCCCUCCAACCCGCCCCACAGCCUCUACCAGGACCCGUCCAUCUACCCUGACCACAACUCCAUCAACAUGUACAGCGAGCAGAAGUUGUGGCGCCCCUCGGAGAGUGACAAAGAGUCCAGUCUGUCAUCAACACGACUUCUUCGUCCAGACCAACUAGCGAACGAGUACGCCGAACCACGAGUGCCGAGACCCAGCGAGACAUCAACGGAACCGUAUGCUACCACAGCUUUGCUCUCGCCUCCGUCACCUCGCCUGAACCACAGUGCACACUGGCAACACCACAGCGACGAUUCCGGGGUACAGGUAAACUGGGCAGCUUUUCUUCCGCCCCCACCAGCUUGCCCACCGCCUCUAGAUCUUGACCUGGGUGACCCGACGGGCAGCAGUGAUCCUCACGGGGCCAGGAGAGCGUAUGUGUCCUCACAGUACGACAACAUGGGCGGGUCAGAACAAUACAAGCGGCCGUGUGACGCCGAUUCAGAUCACACCUAUGAUGUGUACACACAGGUGACUCCUGCCGACUGCCGCGACGGCUUCCUUACCUUUAAUACAUUACAGGGCCGCAGCUGUCGUAAGGUCCACGCCGACUGUCACCCUCCACCACCGACAGACCCGCCACGUAGCAACACACACUAGUGCCAGUGCCAGCUGGGCCAGCAGACAACAGUGUGACCCAUAAGAGUCGGUGGCACACCUCGGGGUGUGACAGUGAACAAGUGCCUCAGUGGACAGUGAAGGAACACAAUGUUAGACCCACCACACACCGCCUCCAUCCUCAACCAAACAUAUCAAUUAGUGCCUCUACCUGCCUCCCACACUGUCUCCCCCUGAUGUUUAGACUUCUUACGUGUGUCUCUCACACUGCAGAGACCUUGUGUGUGUGUGUUAAGACGGCCUUCUACUGGUGGUAGUAGUAGUCUUCGUCUUGUUAACAGAAAAGAAACGCCUUCUUCUACUCCCUCAGGUUCUACUGAAGGAGUCGACAGAAGAUGAUCAUGAGAUGAGUUCACUGGAGGCGAGUUAUACGACAGUUCUUCCACACCCAGAGUGACGCUGUUCUUACACCCUGUUACUACGCUUACACCCUAUAUCACCCUCGUGUUGGUACACUUACACCCUUUAACAUCCCACUGACACUGCCCUACACCCAUUACACUCUAGUGACACUUCCCUACACCCACCAUACCCUAGUGACACUGUCCUACACUCAUUACACUGCCCUACACCCUGGACAUUAACUCCAUUUAUAAAUAUAUUUGUACUGUGGUGCCAAACUGUGCCAGUCGUCACCUAACUACUGCCACGUGUUGUUUUUACUAGUCAGUUGUUGUAUAUAUAUGUAUAAUACAUAUUAUUUUUCUAUUAAAAAUCUGUACUUGAUAAUCA